GGUGUGCAAAUCCUUUUGGGAAAGACUCCUGGGAAUAGUAGGACAAAGACAGAUCUCUUAGUCCUACAAGGACUUAGCUGCAAGUCAUUAUUUUUAUAAUAACAGUGUGUUUCUUCAUGCAAUUUUAAGAGUCUGUCUCGUUGAUGAUAUCAAAUCUUUUCAAGAUCAACUUGGAGCAAUAUUUCUUUAAGUUCUCCAUUAAUUUUGUUAUUCGAGGAUUUGAUAUCAAAGAUCAGUUUUGAAGAGCUUGCGAUCAGGAAGUUCUACCAGUAAAAUCAGAAGGAUCUGCUAAUAACAAGAAUGGAGGAGAGCAUAGAAGCAGUAGAUUAUAUAUCUAAUUUGCCAGAGCCUAUAUUACAUCACAUCUUUUCCUUUCUCUAUAUUAAAGAAAUUGCACGAACCAGUGUCUUGUCAAAGACAUGGCUACAAGCAUGGAAGACUAUUCCAAUUUUAAAAUUUGAUAUUGGUGCAAUCAUUCUUGAAAACUUAGAUCGUUGGAGCAACAUGCAGGAGAUAUAUAAUAUUUUUGAACAGAUUUUUUUAAACCGACGCAAGCAGAUGAUUAGUUUGAUCAAUUUUAAGCUUGUUAUGCCUUAUAAUCUUUCCAUAGACCCAGAAACUGCUUCCUUUAUGGACAGGUGCAUUGGCUAUGCCCUGGAGUGUAAUGUCAAACACCUGAAAAUUAGAUUUUGUCCAACUAUACUUGGUGAAAGGCAUGUGUACUGCGUGCCUCAAGCUCUUCUUAAUGCAAUUUCAGUACAGGAGUUGGACUUGAGCUACUGCAAGUUGCGUUUGCCCUCUAUCGGUAACGUAACAUUGCCUUUCUUGAAAAGGUUGUCUCUUGCAUAUGUUUUUGCAGAUGAUAAUGCAAUAAGCAAACUAAUUGCUGGGUCUCCUCUAAUUGAAGAUAUGAGCUUCAUUAGCUGCUUUGGUAUCAAGACUCUACAGAUAUUUAAUCUUAUCAAUCUUGUCCAAUUCCAUGUGAGCAUUAUUGCUCGUCUUGAGCGACUUGAGAUUGAAGCACCAAAUCUUCAUUCAUUGACUCUACGUGGUUCAACUUGGGCUUCUGUAUUAAAGGUGGCCUGUUUGAAAAAUUUGAAGAGCUUAGCAAUCUAUAGGGCUCCCAUAAGUGAUAAAUGGUUGCACGAGCAAUUGAAUAAAUUUCCUCACCUGGAAAGCUUGAGCUUGCAUGAAUGUGAUAUUUUGGAGAAUAUCAAGAUUUCUAGCUCCAGUCUCCAUAAAUUGUAUAUAAAGUCAUGUGAGAAGGUGGCUAGAGUUCAGAUUCAUACUCCUAAUCUACACAUCUUCUCGUAUCGUGGUGAUAUAAUUUCAUUUUCUUCAAAUGAUUUGAUCGUACCAGAGAUUCAUUUGUAUAUUGAAUCCAAUAACAUGGAAAUUUCCUGGUAUAUUAGAUUGAUUGAAUUACUUAACAAGUUCAAUCAAUAUUUCAAAAUGGUGACUCUGGCAAGUCAAACGGGUCUGAGUUACAUUAUCCCUAGCCAACUGAGACAACUCCUACCGCCACCAUUGCAUAAAGUGAAAGAACUAAAGCUUUCAAUUAAUAGUGCACGCGAAUGUCCAAUUGCUGAACUUGUAGAUGCUAUGCUAUGGAUUUCUCCCCAUCUAGAAAGACUCUACUUAAAUAGCUACCAUGUAAAAUCCUCUUUUAAGUUCUCAUACCAGCAGCCAACCUAUGAAGGAAAAAGUGAUUGUUGCAAGUCUUUUCCUGUUUCUUGCUGGAACCAUUGCAUGGAGGAUGUAAAGGUCAAGCAAAUUUUUCCUGGAAGUAGAUGGUACUAUUGCACACAAAAAAUAAACAUCAAUCGAAUUCGUAAUCGUGAAGAAAGAACUUAUAUUUUCAAUCAGAACAUAUGGGAAAAGAUUUCAAGUGGACUCUUAGAUUGGGAUCCUUACGUAGAUUGUAUGGAGAAGAGCAUAGAAGCAGUAGAUUAUAUAUCUGAAUUGCCAGAGCCUAUAUUGCAUCACAUCUUGUCCUUUCUCCCCAUUAAAGAAAUUGCUCGAACAAGUGCAUUGUCAAAGACAUGGUUUCAAGCAUGGAAAACUGUUCCAAUUUUAAAAAUUGAUUUUCCUGCGCUCAUGGCUGGAAAUCGAGAUCGUUACUACUAUCCAGAAUUUAGGAUUAGGCAUAGGAACAUUCAGGUGUCACAUAAUUUUCUUGAACAGAUUUUGUUAAGCAGACGCAAGCAGAUGAUUAGUUUGAUCAAGUUUAAACUUGUUAUGCCUUAUCUUUUCACAAAUCCAGAAAUUGUUUCCGCUAUGUACAGAUGGAUUGGCUAUGCCCUGGAGAGUAAGGUCAAACACCUGAAAAUUAGAGUUGGUGGAACUAACGUUGAUGAAAAGUCCAUGUACUGCAUGCCUCAAGCUAUUCUCAAUGCAAUUUCAAUACAGGUUUUAGACUUGAGUCAUUGCAAGUUGCAUCUGCCCUCUACCGAUAAUGUAACAUUACCUUUCUUGAAAAAGUUGUCUCUUAGAUAUGUUUUUGCAGAUGAUAAUGUAAUAAGCAAACUAGUUGCUGGGUCUCCUCUCAUUGAAGAUAUGAGCUUCACUAACUGCUUUGGUAUCAAGACUAUACAGAUAUUUGAUCUUAUCAAUCUUGUCAAAUUCUAUGUGAGCAAUAUUGAUCACCUUGAGCGACUUGAGAUUCAAGCACCAAAUCUUCAUUCAUUGACUGUACAAGGUUCAUCUUGGCCUUCGGUAUUAAAGGUGGCCUGCUUGAAAAAUUUGAAGAGCUUAGCAAUACAUAGGGCUCCCAUAACUGAUAAAUGGUUGUACGAGCAACUGAAUAAAUUUCCUCAUCUGGAAUGCUUGUGCUUGCUUGAAUGUCAUAUGUUGGAGAGUAUCAAGAUUUCUAGUUCCAGUCUUCUUACACUGCACAUAAAGUCAUGUGCAAACACGGUUAGAAUUCAGAUUCAUACUCCUAAUCUACACAUCUUUUCAUACCGUGGUAAUAUCAUUUCAUUUUCUUCAAACGACUUGAUCUUACCCGAGGUUGAAUUGCAUUUUGAACCAGAUAAUAUGGAAAUUUCUUGGUAUAUUAGAUUGAUUGAAUUACUCGGCAAGUUCAAUCAAUGUUUCAGGAUGAUGACUUUGAAAAGUGAAACUGCCGAGAGUUACAUUAUCCCUACCCAACUGAGACAACUUCUAACACCACCAUUGCAUAAAGUGAAAGAAUUGAACCUUUCAAUUUCUUAUCAAGGCAAAUGUCCAAUUGCUGAACUUGUGGAUGCUAUGCUAUGGAUUUCUCCUCAUCUAGAAAGACUAUACAUAAACACCCACAUAAAAUCCUCUUUUAAGUUCUCAUACCAGAAGUCAAUUUAUGAAGGAGAGAAUGAUUGUUGUUACAAGACUCAUCCUGUUUCUUGUUGGAACCAAUGCAUAGAGGAUGUAAAAAUCAAGCAAAUUUUUACCGGUAGUAGAUGGUACCAUCAUGCAAAAAAUGCAAACUUCAAUCAAAUUCAUAGUCGUGAAGAGAGAAAUUAUAUUUUCAAUCAAGAGAUCUGGGAAAAGAUUAAAAGUGGUCUCUUGGAUUGGAAUCCGUGAGCAGAUUGAAUUGGCUUAUGUGAUGUUACAAUCUUAAGGAAGAUUCUGCUAUGAUAUUUGACAAUAUAAAGUGAAUUGGCCCUUUGUAUUUUUUUUUUAAAUGCUUUCAUAU